AUGCGGUACAGGGCGGUCCAGUGGGAGGUAGAAAAGUGGGGAGCGGUUCUGGCAAGUCUUGAGCGGUGGGGAGCGGUGGGAAGCGGUCAAGAGUGGGCGGGUGGGGCAGCGGGUUACGGGUGGGGCGACGAGGUACAGGUGGGGCAGCGGGUUACAGAUGGGGCAGCGGGUGGGGCAACGGGUGGGGCGGCGGGUGGGGCGGCGGGUGGGGCGGUGGGUGGGGCUGCGGGUGGGGCUGAAGCCAGCGGGCUAGCGGGGUUACGACUGGGCGUUAGCGGGCAAGGCGCGACGGGAAAACAGGUGGGGCGUGGGCUGACGGGGCUACGGAGCACUACGGAGGGAGGGGACGAGGUGCUACGGGGCUGA